AUGGACGUGUUGCAACUCUUAAAGAUCAUCCUCAUCCUGAUCGGUGCCGGUAAGAGGUCUUGGCUCAUGGGAAGAGCUAGCAAGAACGUUGAGGAGAGCGGAGGAUGGGACCUUAAAUUGAAGGUGGAUAAAUGGACGGAAGAGAGGCCGGAAGGAGUUGAGGGUACGAUUGACAUGAGAGGAUUCAAAGAGAAGACCAACGACAAUUCCACUAAGAUGUGUCUGGAAGGAGGAUACAAUAACAAGUACAAACCAUCAGAGGAGAAUGUGUGCGAGAAGACCAAGGUAAACAGAUUUAAGGUUUGUGUCCUAGUCGGAGAAAAGCUCAUCGAAUGUAUAUUGGAGGAGGCUAAGUCUGACAAGGAAGCAUACGAAACCAUCCAAGGCUGGCUUAGGUAUGUGACCAGUUUUCAGUCUCUCUCGUCUCAUUGA